AUGGCGAACCCUCGAGCAGCCGGACAGUAUGCCGCUCAAGUCUCGACAUCUACCGUCUUGAAUGCCAUUCACACCAUUUACUCUUCCUCUCAACCCUACCCCCUCGAUGCUAGCUCGAGCGCUGUCGUGAAUACUUGGUUGCAUGCCGCAAGAACAGACGCGGCAGGAAAUCCUGGAGGUAUUGUUGACGGCGACCUUGCAAAGCGAGCAUGGGAACACGCAAGAAGACGGGCAGAAGACGGUUGUGUGGUAUUGGCGUCUCUUCAUCGAGCAACUCCAUCUCUCCUAGCCCCGUUCAUCUCCUCGCUCCCCUUCGAGACGCCUCCAAUCUUAUACACUGCUCUCGCGGUCCUUCGACCCUUUAUACAUAGCGUAACACCUUACAAUCCCUCAACGCCACGACAUUCAACGCUCGCCGUCAAGUUCUCGAUCAGCUUAUCUGGCACGCUCACCGCCGCUUCUUUGGCAUUGUCCAAGUCGGGCAUAGACACCAACAACGGUCUGCUUAAUGUUCCGUCGGAACCCGGUCACCGCGCCUUCGAUGUCUUCUACUAUCUACUUGCUUCAGUCUCGACCCAGGCCGAGAAAGAAUUCCUCAAUCUAAAGCACCCCUCCGAAUAUGCGCUUCUGAAUAGAUCGGGCACCUACAAUCCGCCUCAGUAUCUUCCGACCGCAGAUGACGCUGCCUCGGCCGACGAUUUCCGCUCUGGGCUACGACAGAUUGGCAUCAAAGGGGCAGAAUUACGACAAGUUCUCUCGGUUCUGGCUGCCCUUCUCAAACUCGGCGAUACGCUGGGCUUCUUGGUCGACGAAGACGUGCUUGAGGAUGUGUGCGAGGACGUAAGCGGCUUGCUUGGCAUCGAUGCCGAGGUCCUGAUGACACGCUGUAGCACCGAUGAUCGUGCCGUCCUUAUCAGCGGGCUGUACGAGUCUCUGGUCGACUGGGUCAUCUCCAGGGCCAACAAGGCCAUCGCGGACAAGAUUCGGGAAAUGGACGACGCCGAAUCCAGUUCCGAUAGCGAAACCGAUGGUGUAGGCAGGGGAACGCCUCGCACUGACGACGAGAAUGGCGAUACUGUCUGCAUCACCGUCCUUGAUGUCCCUGACGAAAGGUUAGGCAAGGCCAUUGCGCUUCGAAGUGUCUUUGACGAUUCGGCAGGCAUCAAUGCCGAAAUGAGAGAGGACGGCAUCGAAGUGGACGCCCCGGGAUCGUCUGUCGUACGCGAGAUGCGCGGCGCGCUGGCCGAUGCAGAGGCAGAUUUAGGCCUCAACGACGGCCCGGCUCGACGAGAACGGUCGCAGGAGCGUGACCGACGAGAAACGGUGCUGGAAAGAGUGGGCCACGAAGCCGAUGCGGAUAGCUUUUUGAAGACGGCUCUUUUUGCUGCAGGCGAUCAAGGUCUCAAUGUCACCCAACGAGACCGUGUCGACGUUGCCCACACCAUAAGCGUGAGCCGAGCGUGGUAUCAAUUGGCGCUUCACCCGACGGAUGAACUCCCUUCGGAUCUGGCCAGGUUGUCGGCACCCAAUUCGGCGUGGUCAGCAGGAACGGUCUCUAGGCAGCUCCGUGCUUGGCGGCUGCCAGAAUGGGUGAAUCGGCGCAGUAGAGCCCUCGAUUUUACGGCCGACUUUGACUUUGACGAAUUUCACAGUCGAUAUGCCCCUCUUGGUUGCAAAGAGGGCAAGGACGGUGUGGAAAGCUGGGUCUUGGAGCGCGGAUGGAGUAACGGUGAGGUGGUCAUUGGCCACGAGCGGGUCUGGAUUCAUGAAGGCCCGUGGUGGGAGGCCGAGACGAUGCUCGACCUCAAGCAGGCCGAAGCAAUGAUGUCUCGUCCGUCUAUUCCGGCGCUUGGCGGCAUGCUCGGUGGCAUGGUAGGUGCCGGUGGUCUUGAAAGUGGCUACUCUACCACUGGCCCUGGUUUGAACGGCAGCGGCUUCUUUGGCACCAACUUGACGCCAGAGGGAAGUCGAGACAAUCUCCUCCAGCAACCACCCGCCGGUGCCGCUCGCUCCAUCGCUCCCACUUUGGCCCGCACAGUCAAUACGGUGACCGGUGGCGACUAUGGUCUUGGAAAAAAGGGUGAUGACCCACGGAAUGACGAUCGAUACUAUAAUCCCGUGGUUGGUGAAUACACGGGAGAGCUCGAUCCCGAGCUCGCAGAAUCCAAGGUUGUUACCUCACAGCCAAUCUCCACAGGAAGAAGGAUCUGGGUGGCAGCGGUUUGGGCUUGCACUUUUUUCAUCCCUUCAUUUGCUUUGCGCUUUAUCGGUCGGAUGAAGCGGCCGGAUGUGCGUAUGGCAUGGCGAGAAAAGCUCGUGCUGAUGUACAUCAUCCUCUUUUUCAACGGCGUCGUGCUAUUUUGGAUUAUCGAGUUUGGAAGGCUGCUGUGCCCGACUUACGACAAGGUGUGGAAUGCAAAGGAGGUAUCAACCCACACGGGAGAUAACGACUUUUACGUGAGCAUCCAUGGAAAAGUCUACGACAUCUCCAAAUUCUGGAAGUUGCAGCACAGUGAUACCGCUAUCGAGACUACCAAGGACAAUAUGGACCCCUUCAAAGGCAUGAAUAUGGAUGACUAUUUCCCUCCUCCUCUGACCGUGGCGUGUCCAAAUCUUGUCACAGAUACCAGCAUCGUGCUCCAGCCGAACAACACCAUCUUGUAUCCGAACGCCAAGCACAGUUCGGGACCUUAUCAGCAACCGAAUCCGAAGACGGCUCUCCACGAUAUGACUUGGUACAAGUACAAGUUUAUUCCAAGGAUCACCGACUACUACAAGGGCGAAUUGGUUGUGGAAAAGAAGAAGGUUUACAAUGACGGCCAAAAUAAUAACCACAUGUGGUUCAUUCUGAACGGUAAUAUUUACGACUUGACCAAUUACUUCUACACCAAGAAAAUGAUGGACAAUCUCGCGUCAUAUAGUUUUCUUGAUCCACAAGUCGAGACCAUGGUCUCGAACAAUCCUGGCACUGAUAUUUCGGACCAGUGGGCGAAUAGCUUAAAUGAUACUGCUAGCAGAGAAAAUCUUCGAUGCCUCAACAACGCCUUUUACGCCGGCAAACCAGAUUUUAGAAACUCUGCGAGAUGUCAGGUCAACGGCUGGAUUCUUGUUGGAUUUGCCGCCAUUAUGUGUUCCGUCAUUGUGGUCAAAUUCUUGGCUGCUUUGCAGCUCGGCUCCAAGAAACGGCCGGCUCCCCAGGACAAAUUCGUCAUCUGUCAAGUGCCAGCAUACACGGAAGGCGAGGAUGAGUUGCGAAAGGGUCUGGAUUCUCUGACAGCCUUGCAAUAUGAUAACAAGAGGAAGCUCAUUUGCGUCAUUUGUGAUGGUAUGAUUGUUGGUGGCGGCAACGAUAGACCAACUCCAAAGAUUGUCCUUGACAUUCUGGGUGUUGAUCCCAAGAUCGACCCGCCAGCGCUGCCGUUCAAGUCCGUCGGUCAAGGUAGCGAUCAACUCAACUAUGGAAAGGUCUAUUCAGGUCUCUACGAAUGCGAAGGCAAUGUCGUUCCUUAUAUGGUGGUGGUCAAGGUCGGCAAAGAAUCGGAACAGAACAAGUCCAAACCCGGUAACCGUGGCAAACGAGACUCUCAAAUUUUGUUGAUGAGCUUCCUAAACCGCGUCCAUCAUCGUUCACCAAUGUCUCCGCUCGAGUUGGAAAUGUUUCAUCAGAUCAACAACAUCAUUGGCGUGGAUCCAGAGUUGUACGAGUACUUGCUCAUGGUCGAUGCUGACACGAGUUUAAAGGAAGACUCGCUCAAUCGGCUAGUCGCUGCCUGUGCCAACGAUAAUAAGAUUGCCGGAAUUUGCGGUGAAACGAGUUUGCAAAAUGAAGAGCAAAGCUGGACGACCAUGAUUCAAGUAUACGAAUACUUCAUCUCGCAUCAUUUGGCAAAAUCGUUUGAAAGCUUGUUUGGAAGUGUCACUUGUUUACCUGGAUGUUUCUGCAUGUACCGCAUCCGUACAGCUGACAAAGGACGACCACUCAUCAUCUCAGACAAAGUCAUUGAAGAUUACAGCGACAAUAAUGUUGACACGCUGCACAAAAAGAAUUUGUUAUCUCUAGGUGAAGACCGAUAUCUGACGACGUUGAUGACAAAGUACUUUCCGCAAAUGUCUUUUAAAUUUGUUCCAGGAGCUCAUGCCGCGACAGCUGCCCCAGAUGCCUGGGGUGUGCUGCUCUCGCAAAGACGUCGUUGGAUCAAUUCGACUAUUCACAACCUGGCUGAAUUGGUCUUCCUAAAAGAUCUAUGUGGCUUCUGCUGUUUCAGUAUGCGCUUCGUUGUCUUUUUGGAUCUCUUUGGUACUAUCAUCCUUCCUUCCACUUGCGGUUACCUGAUCUUCCUCUUUUACCGGCUUGGUACACAUACGGGAGCGUUUCCCGUCAUCACAAUCAUUAUGAUUGCUGGUGUCUAUGGUCUACAAGCAAUCAUCUUCAUAAUUAAGCGACAGUGGCAGCACGUUGGGUGGAUGCUUAUCUACAUGCUUGCUUUCCCCAUCUAUUCAGUCGUUCUUCCGCUCUACUCGUUCUGGAAGCAAGACGACUUCUCGUGGGGUAGUACACGUAUCGUCAUAGGAGAAAAGGGCAACAAGCAAAUCGUCGCCGUCGAAGAGGAGAAGUUUGAUCCUCGUAGCAUUCCACUUCAACGCUGGGACGACUACGCCACUGCCAACAAUCUGCCUGGCAGACGCAACGUGAUGGCUCCUGUGUACGAGAAGGGCCCGUACGGUAGCUAUGAUGACAAUGCCUAUGAAAUGGAUGACAUGCAGUCCAUGUACUCUUCCGUCAAGCCUGCAUCCACCAUUCUCACAGGCUUUCCCAAUCACAACCCGGCGUACAUGGCACCUCCGUCACCUGCGCCCUUUGCGGCUCAUCGGCAGUCGAGUUAUUCCAACUUUUCCCGCCUUGGCGGUGAUAAUCAAUUGGGUCAGAACCAGCGUCUCAUGUCCAUGGGCAAUAUGAGCGAUGCGUAUCAAGAUAACCCUUAUGGCCAUGGCCAGCUUUCGCCCCGCAUCCGCAGCACCGAUCAGUUGGCUGGUUUCCAGUCCACCCCGCCGCCAGGACCGAGUCGCAGUCCGCUUGGUUUCCAGAGUAGACCAACGAGCACCUUUGGUUUUCAGAAUGCUCGCAACGGCCCAGACGAUUUUGCUAUUGCUGAUGCAGUCCGCGCUUGCUUGGCAGAGGUGGAUCUCGAUACCGUCACAAAGAAACAGGUUCGAGCUCUUGUUGAGCAAAGAUUGCAAACUGAACUCAGUGCCGAUCGUCGCGCGUUCCUCGAUCGACAAAUUGAUACGGAGCUUGCAAAUAUGUGA